UAAAUGAAUUAUUCGAAGCUAGUUAAAAAUUUUGCAAAACACUGACUGUAAUGGAUAUAUAUAUAUAAAUUUAGAAUAGGCUUAUGUGUACUUUACAUAAAAUGACCCUAUAGAAAAAUCUUCUUUUUCAGCUGCUCGUAUAUGAAUUUAGUGUCUGUAUCUGUUACAUUAUGCCGCUUAGGCCCGUGCCAAUUAUAUGCAUCUGGUGGGUUUGGAGGAUUUGGGACAACAUCUACAACAGCAGGUUCUGCAUUCAGCUUUUCUGCUCCAACUAACACAGGCACUACUGGACUCUUCGGUGGUACUCAGAACAAAGGUUUUGGAUUUGGUACUGGUUUUGGCACAACAGGAACUAGUACUGGUUUAGGUACUGGUUUGGGAACUGGACUGGGAUUUGGAGGAUUUAAUACACAACAGCAACAGCAGCAGCAAACGACAUUAGGUGGUCUCUUUGGUCAGCCUGCACAAGCUCCUGCCCAAUCCAACCAGCUGAUACAUACAGCAAGUGCUCUUUCUGCUCCAACGCUAUUGGGAGAUGAGAGAGAUGCUAUUUUGGCAAAAUGGAAUCAACUGCAGGCCUUUUGGGGAACAGGAAAAGGAUAUUUUAACAACAACAUUGCACCAGUGGAAUUCACUCAAGAAAAUCCCUUUUGCCGAUUUAAGGCAGUAGGUUACAGUUGUAUGCCCAAUAAUAAAGAUGAAGAUGGGCUAGUGGUUUUAGUUUUCAACAAAAAAGAAGCAGAUAUUCGAGGCCAGCAACAACAGUUGGUAGAAUCAUUGCAUAAAGUUUUGGGAGGAAACCAGACCCUUACUGUAAAUGUAGAGGGGAUUAAAACGUUGCCAGAUGAUCAGACAGAAGUUGUCAUUUACGUUGUUGAACGUUCUCCAAAUGGUACCUCAAGAAGGGUCCCAGCUACAACGCUGUAUGCCCAUUUUGAACAAGCCAAUAUAAAAACACAAUUGCAGCAACUUGGUGUAACCCUUUCUAUGACUAGAACAGAACUUUCUCCUGCACAGAUCAAACAGCUUUUACAGAAUCCUCCUGCUGGAGUCGAUCCUAUUAUAUGGGAACAAGCCAAGGUGGAUAACCCUGAUUCUGAAAAAUUAAUUCCUGUACCAAUGGUGGGUUUCAAAGAACUUCUGCGAAGACUGAAGGUUCAAGAUCAGAUGACUAAGCAGCAUCAGACCAGACUAGAUAUCAUAUCAGAAGAUAUUAGUGAGUUACAGAAGAAUCAAACUACAACUAUGGCCAAAAUUGCACAGUACAAAAGAAAACUCAUGGAUCUUUCCCACAGAACUUUACAGGUCCUAAUAAAACAGGAAAUUCAGAGGAAGAGUGGUUAUGCCAUCCAGGCAGAUGAAGAGCAGUUGCGAGUUCAAUUAGAUACAAUUCAGUGUGAACUAAAUGCCCCUACUCAGUUCAAGGGCCGACUAAAUGAAUUGAUGUCCCAAAUCAGGAUGCAGAAUCAUUUUGGAGCAGUCAAAUCUGAAGAAAGGUAUUACGUAGAUGCAGAUCUGCUACGAGAAAUCAAGCAGCAUUUGAAACAACAGCAGGAAGGCCUUAGCCACCUGAUUAGCAUCAUAAAAGAUGAUCUAGAAGAUAUAAAGUUGGUGGAACAUGGACUGAAUGAAACCAUCCACAUCAGAGGUGGUAUCUUCAGUUGACAGUUCACUACCUUGUAUUAGAGGUUUAUGAAGUGCAUCCUCUGACUGCCUCAGGUCCUCCUUGAGAACUGCCUAUGUGGAGAAAAAAGAAAACAACCCUCUCCUGGCUUGGUUUCUGAGAAGGUUACUGACAGAUUUUUUUUCAUCAAAUCUGAAAUAACAUUGUCAUCUCACAGCUGUUCAAAGAUAGCCUUUGAAAGAUUUAUACCUGAAAGCUGUAUUUACUUUAAAAAAAAAAGUACAAAAUUCCCAGAAGUAUAUGUACUAUUGUACAUUUUUACAACAGCAUUGUUCUUUAAAAAUAAUCAGUGUUUAAAGAUUAUUCUCCAUUGAGCCUGUACUCUGCUUUCCAUAGCAAGUAAAUAUAAAAUGUCUACUUUGCACAUACAAAAUAAUGACUCGGCUGCUGGAGACUUGUACUUCAGAGGGUAAAUGUACAUCAGUUUUUAUAUUUGUGAAUUCAUCUGUGGGAGGAGUAAAGAAAAUCCAAGAAUCUUUAAUGAUUAAUGUGGUUUUCUUCGGUUCUAUAAAGAUGUGAAAAUAUAUUUUUAUAUUAUUUUACUUAUUUGGAACUUACAGACAUUAGGAUAUAACAAAAUUAUCAUUUUUGCAACUUUUUUGUUUUUUUAAAUGUUUUUAUUUCUAAAGAUGAAACCUUAUAAAUUCUUGAUUUUAAUUUUAUAAAGUUCUGUGUGGUGUUUUGCUUAUUUGGCUUCUGGAGAAUGACCAUUUAUAUCUGCACAAGCGCUAAGUCAUAAUCACAAUUCAGGAACCUUAGUCUUUCCUUGUUUUAAACCAGAUUUUUCCCUCCCAAGGAUAUUUGUCAAUGCUGAUAUAAAACUUAUUUCAGAUAUCUAGGAGGAAGAAUUCUCUAUCCACCACUGCAAACUGAAACUCAGUACUCCGUAAGCAAUAACCUCCUUUUCCCAUUCCCUCCCACCCCUGGUAACUGUUAAUAAACUUUGGUCUCUAUACAAAAAAAAAAAGAA